AUGGGAGCGCCGCCGCGCCUGGCCAAUGGCGAGGGAGGAGACGCCGCCGCUCGGCCAAUAGGAGGAGGCGGAGGGAGGAGCGCGCGCGGCGGGGGCGGGGCCGCUCUCGGGCCCCGCCCACCCGUUGCCUGGGCAACGGCCGGGGCUCUGUCUGCCCCCUCCCGUUGCCUCGGCAACGGUCCGGUCUCUGCGGCCCCGCCCACCCGUUGCCUUGGCAACAGACUCCGGCCCUGGGAGAACCCGUCCAUUUGUCCGGCCACAGUCCGAGCCCCCGUCCCGCCCCCGCACCCCGGGUCCGUCCAUCCUGCCGUCCGUCCAUCCGUCCGGUCCUCGGAACGACCGGCUGGGCUUGUCCGUCCGUCCAUCCGUCCAUCCGCGCGGCCUGCUCCGGACCGCCCUCCCCACCGCCGGCCCGUCCAUCGGUCCGUCCUUCCGGCCCUCGGAACCACCCGCCGGGCCCGUCCGUGCGCCGUCGGGCCCUCCGACCGGAUCCCCUCCGCACCGCCCUCCGGCCCAUCCGGCCGCGGCCCGGCCCUCCGCGCCGCCCUCCUUCCGGCCAUCCCUUUCCCGGUCCCGCCGGCCCGUCCGUCCGUCCCCGGCCCUCCGACCGGCCGGGCCCGUCCGCCGGCGGUCCGGCCCUCCCCGUCCCGCGGCCUCCCCGCCCGCCCGGCCCUGGCGACGGUCCUCCUGCCCGAGGAUUCUUUCUUCCGAGACUUCCAGGCCCAGUGCCAGGAGGAGGAGGGAUGGCAGGCCCGGUACGACAAGGACGACGUGGUGGUCUGUACCCGGCCCCCGCCGGGGCCGUCCGACGGCAGCCAGCCCGCCGUGCACAAGAUCAAGGGCCGCGUGACCAUCGGCGACGUCCCGAUCGAGACCGUCUACGACGUCUUGCAUGACCAGGAGUAUCGCAGGACCUGGGACGUCACCAUGCUGGACUCCUUCGACAUCGCCCGGAUCAACAGCACCACCGACGUGGGCUACUACGCUUGGAAGUGCCCGAAGCCCAUGAAGAACCGCGACGUGGUCACCCUCCGCACCUGGAAGGUGACCGACGACACCUGCAUGAUCAUCAACUUCUCCGUCACGCACCCGCGCUACCCGCCGCGCAAGGACAUGGUCCGGGCCGUCUCCAUCCUGACGGGCUACUUGCUGCUCGCCACCGGGCCCCGGAGCUGCCAUCUCACCUACCUGGCCCAGCUGGAUCCCAAGGGCUCCCUGCCCAAGUGGGUGAUGAACAAGGCCACUCAGUGCGUGGCCCCCACGAUGCUCCGCAGGUUGCAGAAGGCGUCGCGCAGGUACCCGGCCUGGAAGCGGGAGCACGGGCAGCACGUGAAGCCGUGGCGAUACCCGGAGCAGUGCACGCUGCCCGUCAUCUCCGUGGGCGAGCUGAGGCCCGGCGGCGGGCCCGAGGCGGCGGGCGACGGCGCCCGGGGCCGGCCCGAGGACUAGAGGCGGACCGGCGCGGACCCC